AUGUCUGGAAGGAGGAGAACCAGUUUCUUGGGUGUGUCUGUCACAGCUCUGCUGGCUGUGAUUAUAUUGCCUGCAUUCUUGUCUGCGGGACCAAUUGUGCAAAAGCCAAAAGGAGAUGUGGGAGAAAGUAUCCGCAAGACAGCGGCUGCUGCAGAGUCACACAGGAGGCUGAUCCGCAACCGCAGGAACAUCAGCUGGUACAAGCAGCACUCUGACUUCUGGAACUGGUACAAGUACUUCACCGACAACGGCAACCAGGAGGCAAUUCAGGAGAUGGACCGCAUCUACCUGGCCUACCUCCAGAACAAGAACCGUGCUGAGGGACGUCGCUCCUACAAGGCCUACUUGCGACACCUGGGGGAGAUCUACAAGUCCUGUGCUGAUUCUGAUGACCCUAACUGCGUGUCUUCCUCCACCAGCAGGCCCAAACCUAAGCCAGAGGCCCCAAAACCUGCACCAGUGAAAACCUGUGAUCCCACCAAGGACCCCUACUGCCUGUAUGCUGCUUUGGUCCAAGGCAAGAGCCCCUACCUGCCCCUGGUGCUCCCGGCUGCCGCCCCUGCCCCGGCACCAGUGAAGGCCCCAGCCCCUCUUUAUGUCCGCUCUGCUGCUCCAGCAAAGGACCCACAAUCUGGAUAUUAUUACUAUGCUCCAUCUGCAGUGCCUUUCCUUUCCAAGGAGCAGAAGGCCGAGCUGUUGCGUAUCUGCUCCUCUGAUGACGUGGAGUGUCUGCAGUACCACCUGAGAGCAGCCUAUGGGUAUGCACCCUCUGCUGGACCCCUGCCUUCCUACGCCCACCUGGGCUGUGACCCCAAAAAGGACCCCAGCUGCAAACCUAAACUGGUGCAGAAAGCCCCCUCUGGUCUCUACCUGCAGUACCCCAACUGUGAUCCACGGGAUCCCCUUUGUGCCCAUGCUGCCUCCCUUGUGGCGCCUCGUACCCCUAACCCCCCUGCAGCUGCUGGCCCUGGAUCCUGCAACCCUCUUUUUGAGGAAGGCUGCAACCCUCUUACUGCCACCAGAUUUGCUACUCCCCCAGAGGCGUACAAAAGUGAGGAAAAAGAGGAGGCUGCUGCCAUUCGUGCCGCCCCUCCUGCUGCGCAGAAUAACGACCCCUAUGCCAUGUUCAGGGAUGCUUAUGCAGCGUCUGCUAUGCAUCGCCAUGGUCCUCCCACCCCCAGGCAGCAGUUCCCUUUUUCCAAUCCCAGUUAUGAAGAGCCAGCUCAAGAGGAGCACCACCCUCUGGGCCCCCCAGGAAAAACCAAGGAGGGCUAUGACUGCUUCAUUGGCUACGAUCGUGAAUGCUACCCUGUGAAACCCACUGAGCCUCGCUCUGGAGUUCACCGUCGCAUCCCCUACUCUGCAGAGGCCUACGAGCCCCACCUGAAUGCUGAUGGCACCCGAAAUGGAGUCUUGGAGCCUUCCAACCCACACUGUGACCCUGAGUACGACCGAGACUGCCGCCUUCGCCGCUACGAGCCUCAGCCCGAGGCUCAGCCUGAGCAUCAUGCAGAGGAGGACCACAACCAGGGGGCAGCAGAGAGUGAGCACCAUGCAGAGCAGGAACAGGAGCAGUAUGAGGCAGAGCCCUACCAGAGCGGCCAGGAGGAGCCUCACAUGUCCUAUCAGCCACUCUCGCAGGGUAUGCCCAGCCUCCAGGACAUACUGAGGCGCUACGGAGACCAGUACCCUGACCAGGAUGAUCACAGAGCCUAUGCAGAUGACUACCGCAAGAAAUAAACAUGACAACACACACAUGCAUGCAGAUGGACAUGAAUACACAGUCCCGUGCGUUCCUGUAGCUUAGCCGUUGACCGCCUCAUGCAGCGCGCAGGAAGUCCUUCCUGGACCUGAUAUGGGACAUAAGAGAA